AUGACAAUGAUUAUCGUUCCUACACCAUCGGUUCCAAACACGGGGUUUUUUAGUAAUGAUUACGUACUUUCGGCUGUUAAAGCAAUCGGGAAAGUGAUCAGGUUGUGCGAUAAAUAUCAUCAGGUGGUUGUUACAUCAACUGUAAUGCCAGGUUCAACAGGUGGUAUUAUCCGUGACGUUCUAGAAUCAUCGUCUGGCCGAAAAGUCGGUUGUUUAGACAGUGAAGUUGGUUUAGCAUACAACCCUGAGUUCAUUGCGUUAGGUCAGGUUAUUAGAGAUAUGUUAAAUCCAGAUUUUAUACUAAUUGGUGAAAGUGACAGGCGCAUUGGAGAUGCUUUACAGACACUCUAUUCAAAAACAACCACCAAACAACCAGUAUUAUUCCGAAGAAUGAAUUUCAUCAAUGCAGAAAUAACUAAAAUUUCUAUCAAUACAUAUGUGACAACUAAAAUAACGUAUGCCAACAUGCUUAGUGAAUUAUGUGAAAAGUUUCCAGGAGCCGAUACUGAUGUCGUUACUACCGCCAUUGGUUGUGACUCCCGUAUUGGAACUAAAUAUUUAAAAGGUGCAUUAGCAUACGGAGGACCGUGCUUUCCAAGAGAUAACCGUGCGUUCGUUGCCUUAGCAAAAUCUGUGUUCGUUAAUGCAUUAUUAGCCGAAGCAACUGAUCAAUUGAACAAUUAUCAGGUUGACAGACUAUUGAGAGUAUGUGAACAAAUAGCAGAAGUCCGUUUCGGCAAUGCACCAUCUCUUAGACCAAAAGUUGGUAUAUUAGGAUUAUCUUAUAAGCCUGACACGCCUGUUGUAGAGUGUUCGGCUGCUUGUGCAUUAGCUAACAAACUUAUUAGUACUUUUGACGUUCUUGCGUACGAUCCACUAGCUAUGUCGUCGGCCUUUCAAAUAUGCGAUACGCGCGUACAUUUUGUUAAUUCUGUUGAUGAACUUGUUUAUGGCCACAAUACUGAUAUUUUGUUAAUUGCAACUGCUUCAAAUAGCUGGAAAAAUAUAACCUUCAGUUGUACGGACAAAAGAACUUUAUACAUAGUCAAUUGUUGGAGAUUACUAAAUAAAGAAGAAGUCGAAGAAAACAAUCGUCAUAUUCGUAUCAUAUUAUUAGGAAAUGGUGAUUCAAAAUUUGUGUUGAAUCAGUUAAAAACAUCAGAUAAAACGCGAAACACAAUCAAAAUAAUUGAGCAUCCCAUUAACAUCAAUAGUAAACUUCGUAUAUUAGUAACCGGAGGAGCGGGUUUCAUUGGUAGUCAUUUAGCUCGUCGCUUGGUCAAAGAAGGCCACUAUAUUGUUUGUGCUGACUGGAAGAGAAAUGACUAUUUCCAGGAAAACGAAUUUUGUAAUGAGUUUUUAAAGAUGGAUUUGCGCGUGCAUGAUAAUUGUUUAGUUGCAACUAAAGGGUGUGACUUGGUCUUUAAUUUAGCUGCUGAUGUGGGAGGAAUGGGAUAUACACUUUCUGGCAAAAACGAUGGACGUUCGUCAACCCAAUGCAACCUACGAAGACUGUGUCCGUUUGCUUUUUUAUUAGGAAAGUUAAGGAGGAUGAUAAUUCCAAAAUCCUAUUUAAAAUCGAUCAAAGUUUGGCUAGAGAGCAGGCAGGCCUUUGUCAAGAUUCAAGGUAAACCUUUCCGCUGGUUUACAACUAAAAGAGGUGGGCUACAGGGUUCAUCUUUACUCCCACCCUCUUUAUAA